GUAAGUCCGGAAGGGCAGGUGCACCAGAAUCUACAGCCAGCCAAGACAAGCGCAGGGUGGUGCCACAUCCAAGGCUGCACCUCUCCCCGCUCCCGCAGGGUCGUGACUACCUGCACGUUAGAGUGACAAGACUGAGAGAGGAGGGGAACACGGAGGAGGAGAGGAGCAUCACUUGAGGAGGGAGAUGGCGGAAUGCGGGCGGAAGGCGCUGUCUCUCCUGGAAGCGGCCCGCUCCCGGUAUGAGAGCCUGCAGAUAUCCGACGACGUGUUCGGCGAGUCCGGCGACGACAGCAGCGACAACCCCUUCUACAGCACCUCGGGGGACUCCGACUCCGACAACUACAUAGCGGAGGCGGGCGAAGAGGAGCAGCUGCACCACCACCAAAAAAGGAGGGACAAGGAGUGCGGGCACAGCGGGGCAGCGGGUGGCGGCACCAGCGGAGCGGGUCCCCCGGGCUCCCUGUCGCGGAGCCAGGCAGAGGAGGAGGGCUGGACGGAGACGCUGCAGGAUGUCACGCUGCCGCCCUACAAGGAGACAUACGGCCCCACUCAGAAGAUGCCAGACACAGCCUCCGCCUUGGACUUCUUCCAGCUCUUUGUUCCAGACAACUGCAUCCAAAACAUGGUCACCCAGACGAACAUGUACGCCAAGAAGUUCCAGGAGCGCUUCGGCUCCGAGGAAGGCUGGUGUCCUGUCACAGCCCAGGAAAUGAAGGCCUUCUUGGGCUUCGUCAUCUCCACCAGCGUGCACCGCUGCGAGUCGGUGCUCAGCAUCUGGAGCUCGGGCUUCUUCAGCAACCAGAGCAUCGCCUUGAAGAUGAGCCAGUCCCGCUUUGAGAAGAUCCUCAAGUACUUUCACAUCGUGGCGUUCCGGCCGUCCCAGGGAAGCAACCAGGGCCUUUACAAGAUCCAGCCUUUCCUGGACUCGCUGCAGCAGUCGUUCAGCUGCACCUUCAGACCAUCACAGACACAGGUCCUUCACGAGCCUUUGAUAGAUGAGGACCCCGUGUUUAUCACCACCUGUACAGAAAGAGAGCUGAGGAAGAGGAAGAAGAGGAAGUUCAGCCUCUGGGUUCGACAGUGCUCCUCCACAGGAUUCAUCUGCCAGGUGUCUGUGCAUCUAAAGGAGGGACAGGGCACAGAUAGUCUGGCCACCUUGAAGAAUAAACCUCAGCUCCACAGCCUCGUGGCCAAGCAGCUUUGUCAGAACGUCUCCGGCAAGAACACCAUCAUCUUCACUGGACCGUCCAUCACGAGCCUCGGCCUCUUCACUGAAUUCAGCAAACAAGAUAUCUUCUGCUGCGGUUUGCUGAGCACCAGGAAGAGCGACUGCACAGGCUUACCACAAAGCAUGCUGGUCUGCAGCUCCACGCCAGCGCAGCGGGGCCAGUCCCGCGUCAUGAUGAAAGGCAGCAUGUCCCUGAUCAGCUGGUACAACAAGGGACACUUCAGGUUCCUCACAAACGCUUACUCCCCAACAAAACAAGGUAUAAUCAUUAAGAGGAAAAGUGGAGAAAUUCCAUGUCCCUUGGCCGUUGAGGCGUUUGCCGCACACCUCAGCUACAUCUGCAAAUACGACGACAAGUACAGCAAGUAUUUUAUCUUCCAUAAGCCCAACAAGACCUGGCAGCAGGUGUUCUGGCUGAGCAUCAGCAUCGCCAUCAACAACGCGUACAUCCUCUACAAGAUGUCCGACGCCUACACGGUGAAGCGCUACAGCCGAGCGCAGUUCGGAGAGAGACUGGUCAGGGAGCUGCUGGAUCUGGACGACUGCUCCCCCACACAGUGAGAGCGAGGAGGAGGAUCGUGAAGACAAACAGGAGUGCACAGAAAUAGGAAUAAAGAUCGCGCAGAGGCGGUCCUCCAUGCUUUCAUUUACGCACGGUUGUACAGACUGUGUGUGUCGAUGUGAUGAAACCAAAUCAGUGCCAAGCCCUCUUUUUCUUCUGUAAAUAUUCAUUUACACUAAACUUCACACCACUUGCUAACAAUAACCGCACUGAUUUACAAAGGAUUUAUCUGCAGGAGCAGAUGAAAUCAAAUGAUUUCACUCCUAAAUGAUGUCAG